AUGGUAUCUUUACGCUCAGACAGUACCAGAGGUUUGAACCCGGUACCUAUCACUUCUGUCACAUAUCUAGGAGCAAUCGUCGUCUUUUUACUGGGUAGCAAUCUGCGUGGGUUACCAGAGUUCAAACAGCCGGGCCCUGGAGCUUGGUUACCAGAGACUCUCUCCAGUGCCAGUCACAUCCCCACCUUUAUCACCAUGGCAGCUUGGGGAGAACAUUACGUACGUCGCUUUGCAGAGGUGUUGUUUGUGCAUAACUACAAACGCAAAAUGACAUGGGUGGAGAGUUUUGGCGCACCGCUAUAUUACUGGCUAUUCGGCUUUUUUAUUGGCUGGUCCGUUAACUACAAGCUCUCUUACCACAGCCCUCAUUUGGGAUUUUACUGUGCCGGAUUAGCUUUGUUCAUCGCUGGCGAAGUAGGUAACUGUGUUUGUCACGUGAUGCUUAAAAACUUAAGGAAACCACCAGAUUCAGCCGAUGAGACGCCAUCUUUGCCAACCUCCAGCCACGUUAUUCCUCGUGGAUUUCUGUUUGAACUGGUCUCGUGUCCCCACUACUUCUGUGAGAUUGUUACCUGGUUUGGAUUCCUCAUGAUGACGUUUACAUUAGCAGUGGCUUUGUUCCUUCUGGCCUCCGUUAUAACUCUGAUUUCAUUAUCAAAGGACAAACAUAAAGCCUAUACAGAUGAGUUUAAUGGAGACAACGGCAAGGAAAUGUACCCACCAUCUAGAAAAGCACUCAUACCUUUUAUACUUUGA